UAGCCUUGCCUGUAUGUCUUUCACAGUUGGCGACAGGGAUAGUGGAAAUGUUUUCGACCCUACCCGUGUGUACGAAUAUUUGGAGAAGAUGACGAUAAGCCCAAUAACUUAUUUGAACACCAAAGUCUCUUCAGUAUAAACGUGAUAUUGCUUAGAGUGACUCACAUAUCUUGACCUCCAGCUGAGAAAGGAUAAACGAAAAACCACACUGAUACAGCCGCGGAUUUUUGUGUGGUUGGUAGCGCUAACGUUAGCUAGCUAACGUUAGCUAGCUAUGGAGGAUAUUAACUCAAACAUCAACGCGGACUUGGAGGUGCGCAAGCUGCAGGACUUGGUAAAGAAACUCGAACAGCAAAACGAGCAGCUCCGGAGUCGGUCUACUCUAUUGUCUUCGUCUGGAGCAGUGUCAGGAAACCAUAGACCCCUUAGUGCUGGAUAUGACUCACCCCUGUCAGCCGCCUCGGCGGCGGGGCUGGUCGGCUUCCCUGGGGUGGGGUUCGGCGGAACGGGUGCCUAUGGAGGGCUUUUGGAAAACUCCCGUUGUUUGAGCCCCAGACUGUCAUAUGAUGGCAUCAGUUUCAGGAGAGCAUAUGAGGGCGAGGGGGCAUCGGCUGCCACCUCUUUCACUGGCAUCAAUUCGUAUUUUACUGACGCAGGGGAAACACUGGGUUUUAUGGAUGAAGGGGAAACUUCAAUCUUGGAUGAAGUAGACAUCCUCGAUCUUGAAGACAUGGAUUGUCUGAACGAAGAGGAAGACAGCUGGCUGUAUGAGGCGAAGCUGAACAGCCCUUGGCAGAAAGCCUUGAGUCCCAUCGUGUGGUGUCGCCAGGCUCUGGACAACCCCAGUCCUGACAUGGAGUCAGCCAAGCGCUCCCUCAUCCACAGACUGGACCUCACCAUGUCAGCAAACAAGCGGAGGAGCCUGUAUGGAAGUCCCUAUAGUCCCCAGGUGAACUACGGAAGCCCAUACAGCACAAACACAGUGAACAGCCCCUACAGCAGCGGCUUCAACUCCCCUUCCUCCACCCCCAGCAGGGUGCCCAUCGUCAGACAGCAGCUGAUGCCCCCUCUCCACCAGGCAGCUCAGCAGCAGCGUGGUGGCUCAGUAGAGAGAGAGAGGAACGCCCCACCGGUCAGCCCUCAGUCUUCAAUAGACAGUGAGCUGAGCACCUCUGAGAUGGACGAGGAUUCUGUGGGAUCCUCCACCACGUACAAACUCAACGACGUCACUGAUGUACAGAUCCUGGCUCGCAUGCAGGAGGAGAGUCUUCGGCAGGACUAUGCUGCCACAGCUUCCAGGCGUAGCUCUGGUUCGUCCUGCCACUCUCUGAGACGCAGCACCUUCAGUGACCAGGAGCUGGACGCCCAGAGUCUAGAGGACGAUGAGGAGGCUGUACACCCCGCCUUCCACCUCCCCUCGAACCGCUUCUCCCACUCCCCCAGACACUCCCCCCGCGCCUCCCCCAGGAACUCCCCCCGCUCCCGCUCCCCAGCACGCUCCCUGGAGUACAACCACAGCCGGGGCUCCCCGCAGCCAAUCAUCAGCCGGCUGCAGGCGCCACGUCACUCCCUGCAGGGCCAUCCCCCCCAAGACCUGCAGACGAACGUGGUGAAGAACGAAGAGAAGCUGGGGCGUAGUCUUCCUAACCUGACCCGCUCCAACGUGGCCCAGCAGGGCCCAGAGCCCGUCACGAACAGCAGGAGCUGUGAGUCCAACCUGCAAGUGCCAAACGGAAGCUCACCGAGACACCAGGCAGUCAUUCAGUCUGCCACCCAGCACUCCUCCACUCCACUCCACUCCCGGUACUCUACCCCCCCUCGCUCCUCCCAAACAGGAACUCCCUCUCGAUCCUUGCUGUCCCCGAAACCCAAACAGCACCUCCAAAGCCCUUCUUCCCUCCGAGUCCCUUCUCCCAGUAAGCUGCGAACCCCAGCCACCCCGUCUCCCCUGGCCCUGAGGCAGCCUGUAAAGGCCACGUCUACCCCUGGCUCUGGAGCCUCCACCCCCACACGCUCCCUGGGCCCAGCACGCAGCGGCCUGCCCCGGCCCAGUGCAGGAGGUGGAGGAGGUGGCAUCCCUGUGCCUCGCAGCAAACUGGCCCAGCCAGUACGCAGGUCUUUACCUGCCCCUCGGACCUACAGUGGCGGAGAGAACUGGAGAGAGGGCUGCUACUGAGGCUGGCAUGGCCAGCAGGGGGCACUGUUGCUCUCUCAUCAGCACAAAGAGGCAUACAAACAUUACAAUGCGGCACUUUAUCAACCAAGAUUACUUUUACCAUGAAUCAAGAAACUAUAUCAAAGACACAAGUCACAUUCUUCAUACUAUCAUGAGCAACAUGAUCAGAACAGCUGAAGCAACAUGGUGUGUUUAUCUGUGUGGAGAGGUUCUGAAGGGGCCAGGGGCCGUGCUAUUCCGGUUCCUUAGGACGUUCCUACUAGUGGCCCGCAACUGCUAAUAACCCAUCCGGACCCGCCCGACAAUGUGAAAAUCUGAGGUCCACGCCCGACCCUUACCCGCUAAUAUAGAAAAUGCGCUGUAUACCACAUUCGAAACCAGCUAAACUAUUUUUUGACAGGGAGUGCAGGAUUCUUUUUGUGCCAAAUUUAGAUAUGUUACUGCAUAUCAUUUCUAACAUUUUAGUAGGCUAUUUGUUAUUUAACUUGCCUAUAAUUAGAUACAUGCAGCUUCUCUUCUUUCAUGAUAUGUAGCCCUAGAAGACCAAGUAAAUCCAUUAAUCACUAGAAUGAACGCUUCAAUCUAGUUGACAUCGGUAGUUUUCUGUCAUCUGUUUAUUUUGCGGAUGUAAGACUUUUAGGGGCCGGGGAGAAAAUGCAAUAACAAAAAAUAUAAACAGGAACGAUUUUCUGUGCAACAUUUUCUAAGGACAUUUGUAAGGAAAUCGAACGCUGUGAAAAAGAGCUGUGAAAAAGAACAAAAUGAUUUCUUCACUCCUGUUUCUGAGUCAAAAUGUUGCCUACAUUUGGUGUGUAAUUUUACUUCAGGAAAUGCUUAAUUCUGCAGGAGUUAAUAUUAAGGCUAUGUGGGAGGUUGUGAUUGUCAAAUUUGUGUAUCGCCUCAAUCAUGCAUAACAUAAACAUAGGUUUAGGGUAGGGAUGUCCCAAGGGUCCUGUAUAGCACUAACCAAGGGGCCAGGCAGGGCUGGCGUGCGAAAGGGGCCAGGCGUGCGGAAGGGGCCAGGCAGGGCUGGCGUGCGGAAGGGGCCAGGCAGGGCUGGCGUGCGGAAGGGGCCAGGCAGGGCUGGCGUGCGGAAGGGGCCAGGCAGGCAGGGCUGGCGUGCGGAAGGGGCCAGGCAGGCAGGGCUGGCGUGCGGAAGGGGCCAGGCAGGCAGGGCUGGCGUGCGGAAGGGGCCAGGCAGGCAGGGCUGGCGUGCGGAAGGGGCCAGGCAGGCAGGGCUGGCGUGCGGAAGGGGCCAGGCAGGCAGGGCUGGCGUGCGGAAGCCCAGAGAUGCCAAAGAAACCGAGCUCCAGCAUCACGGUGCCUCCAGAGGCCACUGUCACAUGCCUCGGGGUGUCUGUUCAGCCAUCAAUCACACAAUGCUUUUCUCCAUCUCCCUUACUCCUUCCCUCGUCUCUUUUAUCUUUUCACCUCCCUCAGGUUGAAAUGUUUCUACACAUUUCUCUUUUUGCAGUCUGUUCAGAUGCCUUGGUUAGAGAUCUCUAUGAUGAUGCUGUGCAGGUGAAGAGUUCCCUUAAUGUUAAAGAAAUGUUGUGAAUGUUUUACGAAGUGAACUCACCUCUGUAUGGUUGUGUUGUCAAAUCAUAGUUUUUGUCCACUUGUGAAACAACUAGAAUGUAUUAAUGUUUGUUUGGGACAUUAUUUAUUCAAAUAAUUAUUUAAAGAGUUCCUUUUCCAAAUAUACAUUUUCAGCAUUCGUUUUCUAUUGAUUUGAAUAAUUUGUAAAAAAUGAACAUUUUGAACCUCAACUGCAAAGCUUAUUCUCCAAAGUCUUUUUAGAUGGUUUAAUAACAGGACAUUUGUGUUUUUAUGUUGAACACACAGGUGACUGGUAGAAACAGGCCAAAGCCCCAUCUCUGAUCUUAACCAUAACUAUCGCUUAACCUGGACUGACUAUCACAUAUUUUCCAGAGCUGGGUAGACAGUAGUCAUGUCAAACUGGGCCAAUCACUGGUAGCCAUCACAGUCUCACUCCAAAUCUACUUCUGGAUUGGUUGGUUAACUCCAUCUGCUCUCCCACAUUGGUUUAAUGUGCAGUUGCAAUAUCUACUGUAUAGUCAGACAUGCUCCCACUAAAACAUAUAGAAUUCCGCACUUGUAACCCUGAGAUCUGAGCAUGCAGAAAAGGCUUGAUGUAGUUCAUUUAAAACCUGCAACAAUGUUGUGUCAGUGUAUGUUAUGUCAAGUUGGAGAGAAUACAUUAUCAUGACAUCUUAAGUAAGAUAAUAAUGGAAGUUGUAUAAGUUAGUGGCCAUUUGCCUCUUGUGCUUUAAAAUGAAUCAAAGAGGAGUGCCGAGAUUCAUAGGGAUGGUAUUGGUGUGCCAGAAAUGAUCAAACUAGUGCCUAUUCAUUUAACGUUUCACUUUAUUUUGAAUGUGCUUUUAUUUGUUCAUUUAUCAUUAUGUGCCAAUAAUGUCUUGGUUUGCCAAUAUAAUUUGUGUCUUUGCUUUUCUGCUUGAUUUAGUUUGGGCUAAUUUUGUUAUUUUAAUUGUAUCAUCAAUGCAUUUAUAAUUGCUUGUGUAUAACAUGCGCCUUGAUAUUUAUAACAAAUGACUCUCAUUCUGUAAAUGAAACUAUUUAAGAGAGGUGCCUCUGUAUGUCAAGGUUUGGAUUUAGUGGAAAACUUGGCUAGUGUUGCAAAAAAUACAUGCCACACCAUUUUGGGAUAGUUUUUGUUAAUUCACCUUUUUAUAUUCACCAACAUGACAUUCGGGGUUGGAUUCAAUUCGUAUUGCAUAAGUAUCGCGGAAGAUCCAUGUUGAAAUUUAAAGGAAAUGUUUCCGCGUCCACAGAGACUACAUUCACGCUGCCUACGUCGGAUGUUCUGCGAUACGGAUUUGAAUCCAGACCUCAGAUUCCCUGUAUAAACUCACAUUUCAAUUUUAAAAAGUUGAGAAAUUGUUGUCUACUGUGUCAUGAAUGGGUCAAUUUCAUUCAAACACUUGUCAUUUCAGUCAGGGCCGGCGCCAGUAGGAAUCAGUUGAUGGGCACAGUUUUUUCCACUGUACCUCCCAUGUGUGCACGCACUUGUGCAAUCAAUGUAAUUUUUUAAAUGGUUGUUAUAGUGAACACCAUAGGCAGCUCAUGAGUUUCAAAUUUGGGGAAGCUUACAAUUUAUCCUACAAAAUUCUACUGAUCUGCGUGCCAGUUAUUAUUUUAUAUGUGCAUUAUUGUGGAACACUUUUUAAUUUCAAUAACAUUUCGUUGCUCAAUAA